CUGAACCAACAACCGUUCACAAGCUGGACAAAACGAGCGGGAUGUUUGCGAUGGGACUGAGAUGGUUAUUCAUCAGUCUGUUGAUAUUCGGACAAUCGGGAGCCACACCCAUCCAAAUGGAAUCACUAACAAAUGGCGCUACAGAGGAAUAUCCUGCGGAAACAACUAUGGAAAGUAACUGGCCUCAAGAGAUUGCACCUGAAGUGCACAUCACUCUAUUCAGUGAACUAACGACAAAUGAGCCCGUAGAAAAUACCCCGGUGACCGAAUUAGGAGAACAACACGCGGAAGAGGAGGAAUCAACAGAAAUGUUUUACACGAAUCUGGCAGAUGAAGACGGACAUGUCACCAUGGAGGAGACCGAAAAUACAGCCCAAUCCACUGAGGAAAUUCACUCUGUCAGCGAUAUUGGCACUACAUCAGAGAGCAUGUCAGAGAUUGAAACAGAACAACUUGAGCUGUCUUCAACAAAGACCAUCGCAACUGCAGAGAUCAAAACAGAAACGGAGCCGGAAGGAUCGACCGUGUGCACAGACCCUUCUCACAGACACGAGUCACCAGAUAGCAAGAUGGAACGACAAGAGAACGGCAAGUGGAAGACAGAAACAGUGUCAAAACUGAUGAAUACUAUGGUCCAACUGUUGGGCGUUUCCACCAAGGAGUUGAAUGGAUAUCAAUAUGUGAUGGCUUUGCGUGGUCCGGAUGGCAGUCUCUAUGUUCCGCAGCAUCAUAAGAAAAGCACCCGAGAACAUCUCGCUGCACUUUUGGGUUUUGCCGAUGAAAUCAUCGUGAGCAAAAAUGCAUUGAGUCACUUGGAUGAGGAAGAAUCGACAGUCACAGAAACACGAAAAUACAGUGUCGCCGCCGGUUCCACCCAACCCGAAAUCCAGGAUGACAUCACAGAGUCUCCGCAGGAGAAUCAUACAGAAGAAUCAAUGAAGGAAGUGUUGGUUGAAACAAAUGCCCUCACAGAGACUUUGGUGGAUCAUGAAUGGGCUACGGAUAAUGAAGCGAAAUUAAACGACAAAAGCACCAGUAGCACGGAGGAUCUUCUAGAACCCAGCGAACUGACACCUCAUGACUCACAUUCAGAAGCUAGCGAAUCCAACCAAGCGAGUUUAACAAUCCACCAGACGUCUGAACCAACAGGACAGACUGACACUUCCACAAGUGAACCUCAGAUUUCAAUGCCAGUGGAAAUCCACCCUGAAGAAACGUUGGAAGGACUGACCAAAUUAUUCCGUAAAGUGAACGAAAACGUGGACGGAUUGAUCAAGUUUAUUAAAUCACCAGAACUUUUGGAGGAAAAAUUGAAAAAUAUUACAAAACCAUUUCUAUCCGAUGUUGAAUCGGUUGCUGAAACACAUCUUGCAAGAUUAUUGGGACAAGAUGUGGACGAGGAAUCAAGCCUGAAAGCCAAAUCAGUGUCCGAUGAGUUUUCGGGGGUGGAUGGUUCCCAAGAUGAAUACAAAUUUCCCGUUGAUACGCUAGAGACGAUUGAAGCCAUGGAACCGUCAACAGAAAUAAUAAGCACGAAGGAUCAGGAGAAUGGGCAAGAAGUGCCACUUGAACAUUAUUAGAUAAACCAACCGAAGAUCAAACGUGAUGCGGGUUACGUACAAGCAUGAUUCUGAUUUCUGAUAUUCGAACGUUCCACCAAAAAACCUACUGCUUCAUAUGUACCCUCUCCAUGUGUAUUCGUACAAAUACAGUCUCAUCUGUUCCAGA